AUGAAAAAUUGGCAGUAUGAGGAGUGCAAGCUCUACAGAUCGGGCCCACCCGCCACUAUCGUCGCCAUCGAUGAGGAGAGUCCAAAUGGCACGUUGUUGGUGGAGAACAUGCAGAUCAACGGGCGGGCGGAGGACCCGGACAGGACCAUCUCUCUCUCACUACGUGACAACUACGACCACUGGGUCAUCCUGGACCCAGUCAAACAGCGACUCUAUCUCAACAGCACCGGCAGGGUUCUGGACAGAGAUCCUCCAUCCUACAUCCAAUCUAUCGUGGUGCAGGUCCAGUGCACAAAUGAGCUGGUGGGCACGGUGAUCCUUCAUGAGGUCAGGAUCGUAGUGAGGGACCGCAACGACAAUAUCCCUCGAUUUCAGCAACCACGCUACUAUGUAGCCGUGAAUGAGCUUACCCCUGUUGGCACCACCAUCUUCUCUGGGUUUUCGGGUAACAACGGGGCCAUUGACAUCGAUGACGGACCCAAUGGCCAGAUUGAGUACACCAUUCGCUACAACCAGAACGACCCGAUGGCUAAUAGGACAUUUGAUAUUCCCCUGACCUUGUCUGGUUCUGUGGUACUUCGAGAGAGGCUGAAUUACGAAGAGAGCACACGUUACCUUGUCAUCAUUCAGGCCAAUGACCGCGCUCCGAACCCCAGGGACAGACGCACAGCCACCACCACCCUCACAGUGGAUGUUCUAGACGGGGACGACCUCGGGCCCAUGUUCCUGCCCUGCAGCCUUGUGGACAACACCCACGACUGCAAGCCCCUCACCUACCACGCCGGCAUCCUGGAGCUAGCUGUCCCUGAAAGAGUCAAUCCGGUGAAUGUGACCCCACCUAUUCAGGCAGUGGACCAGGACCGCAACAUCCAGCCUCCAUCGCAACGCCCAGGCAUCCUCUACUCCAUCCUCAUUGGCAAGCCGGAGUCCUACGAUAAGUACUUCUCAUUGAACAGGACCACAGCCGAGCUGUAUCUCCUUCAACCUAUCAACAGAGACCUCUUCCACAAAUUUGACCUGGUCAUUAAGGCUGAACAGGACAAUGGACACCCACUGCCUGCUUUUGCUAAUUUGCACAUCGAGGUGCUUGAUGAGAACAAUCAGGCGCCCUACUUCACGUCGGCAAUCUACCACGGCUUUAUCAGUGAGUCUUCGCCGGUUGGCACCAGCGUCUCCGACAGUGCCAAUCUCACAGCCCCGCUCGUCAUCACCGCCCUUGAUAAUGACAUCGAGGAGACCAGGGACCCGAUGGUGCACAUCUCCCUGGGUGGCUAUGACAACAUCUUCACAGUGACCCCUCAUGGGAUUGGCCGCCACCUGACGCUGCUCAAGCCUGUGGAUCGUGAAGAGCAGCAGAGCUACUUGUUUGCGAUCAUCGCCUCAGAUGGUGUCCAGCAAAGCGAGGCAGUGACCGUCAACAUCACCGUGAUCGACGCCAAUGACAACACACCCACCUUCUCCAACGUCUCCUACAGCGUCAACGUCUACACCAACAUGUUGCCAGGAGACACGGUCAUCAGGCUCACAGCCGUGGAUGCAGAUGAGGGCCCCAAUGGAGAGGUAUCGUACCGCAUCCUAGCCGGCGACCAAGGGGAACACUUUGACAUCGACAAACAGACGGGCGUGAUCACCAUCACGCGCGGCAUCAGCCUGGACGUGGGCCGCAGCUAUGCUCUCACUGUGGAAGCCAUGGACAACGGCCCCAAGCCCCAAAGACGGAGCUCCAUCACUACGGUGUACAUCGAGGUGCUGCCCCCCAACAACCAGAGCCCUCCCAGCUUCCCCCAGCUCCUCUACAGCCUGGAGAUCAGCGAGGCCAUGAGGACCGGGGCCACCCUGCUCAGCAUCCAGGCUACAGAUCGUGAAAAAGACCCCAUUACCUACAACAUCCAGAAAGGCGACCCUAAUGGCACGUUUGGACUGCAAGAGACUGGGCUGCUGCUGCUGGACAAGGCUCUGGACAGGGAGACGAGAGAUCGAUACACGCUGGUCAUCACCGCCUCCGACGGAAAGGCUGAUGGGACCUCCACGACCACAGUGAAUGUCCUGGUGACAGAUGUGAAUGACAAUGACCCCGUCUUUGACCCCUCCUUCCCCCGGAACCUCUCCGUGCUGGAGAACGAGGCCAACGCCUUCGUAGGGCAAGUACACGCGACUGACCUCGAUGCCGGUGCGAAUGGCGAGGUCCACUACAGACUGCUGACCCACAACAGCUUCUUCCGCAUCAACAGCACAGGAGCCAUCAGCACGGUGAACGCGCUGGACCGCGAGGUGAGGGGACAGUACCAGCUGGUGGUGGAGGCGUCCGACGGGGCGUCGGACCCAAGACACACCCGGAUCCCGCUCAUGGUCACCAUCCUUGAUGUGGAUGACAACAGUCCUGUGUUCUCCCAUACGAGCUACGAGGCAACGCUGGCGGAGAACAGUCCUGCAGGCACACUCCUGCUAAAGCUCAGCGCUGUGGAUGCUGACGAGAUCUCCAACAUCACCUACCGCAUCCGCAGUAAGGAGGCCCAGAAGCUGUUCCGCCUGGACCCGGUGACGGGCGAGCUCUGGUCCAGGAACACGCUGGACUAUGAGGCCCUGGCCGCCGGUGCCGACACGCAGACCUUCGAGGUGGAGGCUCUGGACGUCGAAAACAGCAGCAUGCCCCCUGGUCUGGCCACCGUCACCAUCAAGAUAACUGACAUGAAUGACUUCUCUCCAGUGUUUACCCAGCCGCUCUACCAGGGAGUAGUGGCUCCCAACGCCAUCAAGGGGACAGUCAUCACCACCGUGACAGCUGAGGAUGGGGACCCCCCUGAUACCCCAGACAGCCGUAUCCACUACCAGUUUGAUGCCGACAUGUUCCCCUACAGCAGCAGUAUCUUUGGGGUGGAGGAGGAGACGGGCCAGAUCUUCACUAGGGUCAAUCUCAACGAGGAACCCAACACCAAGUUCAGCCUGGUAGUGAUUGCCUCUGAUGGUGGGCAGCCUGCAAAGACCAACAAGACCCUUGUGGAAAUCACCGUUCUCCAGCCCUCAGUCAUACCCAUCUUCACCCAGGCGGAAUACAGGUUUCCUCCCGUGAGUGAGAACGCCCCCAUCGGGAAGGUCGUAGGGGUCAUCAUGGCCGCCGCUGUUAAUCAGACAAUCAUCUACUCCAUCGUGGAGGGCAAUGAAGGAGGGGAGUUUUCCUUGAACAACAAGACGGGUGUGAUCACCACUGCCAAGCGUCUGGACUACGAGAGCAACAGCAGCUACGUGUUGCAGGUGGAGGCCGACUCCCUCCGGGUGAUUUCGUCAAACCUGCGAGCCCCGUCAAAGAUCAACACUGCCCGGGUGUUCAUUGACGUCCAUGAUGAAAACGACCACCCGCCUGUGUUCACCAAGCCCCUCUACCUGGGAGGAGUGACCGAGGAUGCCAAGACCUUCACCCCUGUGCUCCAGGUCCAGGCCGUGGACAAGGACACGGGAAACUACAGUGCCAUGGCGUACCGGCUAAUCGUGCCCCCGGCGGCGGAUGGCAAGGACAGCUUCGUGGUGGAGCCGUACACGGGCCUGAUCAAGUCGGCCAUCAUGUACCGCAACAUGCGCCGCUCCUACUUCAAGUUCCAGGUGGUGGCCACCGACAACUACGGGGAGGGCCUGAGCAGCAGCGCCGAAGUAGUGGUGUCUGUGGUGAACCAGCUGGAUAUGCAGAUUGUCGUCUCCAAUGUGGCGCCAACAGUGGUGGAGCAGAAUAAGGACCAGCUGAUCAGUAUUCUGGAGCGCUAUGUCCAGGACCAGAUCCCGGGGGCCAAGGUGAUCGUGGAGUCCAUCGGGCCUCGUCGCUAUGGAGACGGCUUUGAGCAGGAGGACUACUCCAAGUCGGACCUGAUGGUGUACGCCAUCGACCCGCUGACCAAUCGGGCGCUGUCUCGCCAGGAGCUCUACAAGUUCCUGGACGGCAAGCUGCUGGACAUCAACAAGGAGUUCCAGCCGUAUCUGGGCCGCGGCGGCCGCAUCCUGGAGAUCCGCACCCCGGAGGUGGUGACCAGCGUGAAGAAGGCGGUGCAGUCGGUGGGCUACACGGAGGGGGCCGUGCUCGCCCUGGCCGUCAUCAUCAUCAUCUGCUGCGUGCCCGCCAUCCUCAUCGUCAUCCUCACCUACAAACAAUUUAAAGAGCGUCAGGCUGAAUGUGCAAAGACGGCUCGCAUCCAGAUGUCGCUACCAACAGGCAAACCUGGAGGAGUCACCACCAACAACCUGUAUGAAGAACUAGGGGACGCCACCAUUACCUUCUGGUGUUCCCUGUGGCGUCUUUACCUCUGUUUGUCUCUCAACGGUGUGGUGCUCAUCAACGACCCUCCCAAGUCCAACAGCAACAUCACCUUUGUGUCGGACGAGAACCCCGUGACCACGCACAACCCCAUCUACGCGGACGACGGCACACUCAGCAGCCCCGGCGCCGAGGGCAAGCGCCGCCGCCUCAAGGGGGUGCUGUCGCGCUUCCCCAUGCCCAGGGAGACGCGCUGCGGCCAGGCCUGGACGCUGCCCUCGCGCCUCAGGGGCACCAACGCCUACGAGACGCUACGGAGGAAGGCGCCGCCGGAGUGGUCCAGGGGGAUGAAGAGGAGCAAAGGUCACGACAGGGGCAUGAACGAGCUGGCAGGAAGCGGCGGCACACUUGACGCAGGAACGGUCACGCUCGACAGAGCUGUCACGCUCGACAGAGCUGUCGUCGGAGUCGACAGAGGAGUUGGCGCAGGUGGUGGCGGAGCCAACAGGGGGGGUCAUGCGGCUCAAAGAGCAGGUCACAGGCGAUCCAGCAGAGUCAGUCUCGGAGGGGGCCACAGGCCAGGCGUCGGCAACGAGCCCAAGCUGUCGGUCAAGGAGCAGGCGCGGCAGUUUGAGCAGCAGGCCAUGCAAGACGGGCUCCUGUCGAUAGCGUCCAGGCAGCGUCAGAACCGAGAUGCCCGCGGCUCGCUGGAGUACCUGCUGUCUGCGUUUGACAGGAUGCAGCCCCCUCCCCCGCCUCCCCCUCCGUCCAUGUCCCCGGCGCCGGGUCGGCCGCCGACCAUCGUGGUGGUGCCUCUCGACGGCUCCACGCCGCCUCCCAGCCACAAGCCCACCCCUCCGGCCCUGCGCAGGUUCCGGAGCGGAUUCCCCGACGACCCGGAUUCGGACCUGGACGGGGACAGCGACGACGUGGAGCCCUACACGGUGACCGUGGAGAUCAUCCCCGAUCCGCCCGACAUCCCGGCCCCUAAUCCUCCGCCCACCAGCCCUCCCCCACCUGUCCACACGCCCACCCCUCUUCCUCCUCCUCCUCCUCCUCUUCCGCCUCCACCCUCCCCACCUCCCGGGGCCUACUCCACCCCACCGACCUCCCCGACCCAUAUCGCAGUUUCUCCUCAUCCGCAAGCGCCACCACCUCCGCCGCCACCACCUCCGCCACCUCCUCUCCCGCCUCCUCUCCCACCUCCUGACGUCUCCCCGUCCGUGGGCAGGGUCCCCAGCAUGGCGCUCCCGUUCGUGCUGCCUCCUUUACCCUCCACCGCCUCCCUCCGGCCGGUCUCGCUACGCCCGCCUCCGCCACCCCUCGCCGCGGCCGAGCCCGAGCAGCCGAAGCGCGAGCUCAAGGGCAUCCUGAAGAACAUCAAGAACAUCGCCGACAUCGAGAAGUCGGUGGCCAACAUGUACAGUCAGAUCGACAAGAAGCAGCGGCCGCCCAAGCCGAUGGCUAAGCCAGAGACCAUCGUGGAGUCGACGGCGGAGUCUGCCGCGGAGGCUGGUGCUGGUGUGGAGGCGGAGGCGACUGGUGAGGGAGGAGAGGCGGCACCAGCGGGAGAGGCAGAGGCAACGACGGCAACACCAACACCGACACCGACACCAACAUCCACAACAACGGUGGUAGAGGUCGUGGAACCAGAGAGUGGUAGUGAAGUCGGUAGUGGUGGUAGUGGGGCGGAAGGCGGCGGUGAUAAUUCUGAAGCUGCUGAUGGUGAUUCCGGUGCUGGUAGUGCCGGCGGUGCUGGCGGGUCCGAAGAAACAGGGGAGGACAGAAAGACGGCAUGGGAGGACGCCAAGUCGGCAGGGGAGGACACAAAUUCGGCAGCGGAGGACACAAGGUCGGUGACCUCUCUGAUGCCGCCCCAUAACGCCACCAUGAACUCCAUUGUGCAGGAGCUGGAGAAACGCUUCCCCUCUCAAUCCACCAAUCUUUGA